AUGGCACACGGUCCUGAUAGUGGCAAGAAAAUUGCGGCAUCCCUUGGAAGCGAGGGAUGGACGCAACAGCAGCAACAGACCUACGCAAGUGAUACGACAUGCAUCCAGACCCGGAAAAAGCUUGCCGCAGCUGAAGAAUUUACGAUUCAGCUGGAACUGUAA